AUGGGAAAACGAAAAGCUAAUAAAAAUGAAGAUCCUAUCGACUCAGCAACUAUGGAUGUAUCCGAAGAAGAUACGGAGGACUCUGACGAAGGUGUUUCUGACGGAGAAGAAAAUUCGCAUUUAGAUGAAGAAAUAGUGGAUAUAGAUUUUGACUUUUUUGAUCCAAAACCAAUCGACUUCCACUCAAUAAAAAACUUAAUUAUUCAAUUAUUUUCUACGGACGCCGAACUAUUCAACAUUAGUGAACUUACCGAACUGAUUAUUGAUCAACCAUUAUUAGGUACCACUGUAAAAGUUGAUGGAGCUGAUUCGGAUCCUUAUGCAGUUCUCACAGAAAAAAAAUGUAUUCAAGAUCUGAUUAAAUACUUAUUAGACAAGACAAAACCAGAUCAGACCUUAAAUGAAAAACUUGAUACGUUAUUAAAAAAAGACUCCACAAAUCAUGUUGGAUUAAUAUUAAGUGAAAGAUUAAUUAACAUGCCAGUACAGAUUGUGCCGCCUAUGUAUAAAAUGUUGCAAGAAGAAAUUCAGUGGGCUGUUGAUGAUAAUGAACCAUACAAUUUUGAAUGGUACCUUGUGUUGUCUAAAACUUAUCAAGAAGUCAUGUCUACUUUGGACGACGAAAGCAGUCAAAGUAAAAAACAAAAAAAGAAAAAAGCAAAGUCUGAACCAACAAUAUUUUAUUUUCAUCCCGAAGAUGAAAUCAUUGAACGGAACGCAGAAUACCAACUUAAUUUCAAUUUUACAAAACAGCCAUCAGUUUCAGACUCCAAAAGAGCUUUUUCAAAUUUUGGUAUUGCACCUUCUAUGAAAUUGUUUUUGUUUAAUAGGUCUAAUCGACCUAUUGCUAACCCUGGCUUUUGCUAA